UCUAUUUGCUGCCUUUCGCUGCCACUAUAUCUUCUUCUUUUUUAGGUGCACUUUAUCUGAAUUCAGUUGCUCUUGAACAUUGUGAAUUUCUCUUGCAUAUUACAUAAAAAUGAGUUGUGGAUGUCAGACUCAAUUACCCAUAAAUAGCCCAGAAAUUCAUUUCGAGGUUUCAUCUUUUUCUUCUGUGGAUUUGAUGGAGCUUGCAUCUGGAAUUCAUGGAUGUAGGCAUUACAGGAGAAGGUGUAAAAUUAGAGCACCCUGUUGUAAUGAGAUAUUUGAUUGCAGGCAUUGUCACAAUGAAGAAAAGAAUUCUCUCGAAAUCGAUCCUUUGGAUCGACAUGAUAUUCCCCGGCAUGAGAUUGGAAAGGUUAUAUGCUCCCUUUGUGGUGUAGAGCAAGAUGUUCAACAGAACUGCGUCAAUUGCGGGAUUGUCAUGGGAAAGUACUUCUGCUCGAAAUGCAAUUUCUUUGAUGAUGAUGUCUCGAAGAAACAGUACCAUUGUGAUGAAUGUGGAAUUUGCAGGACUGGAGGGGAAGAAAACUUCUUUCAUUGUUUAUCAUGUGGUUGUUGUUAUCCCAAGAUUAUGAAGGAUACACACAGGUGCUUGGAGAAAGCAAUGCAUCAGAAUUGUCCUGUUUGUUGUGAGUAUUUAUUUGAUACAACAAAGGAUGUUAGUGUACUUGCUUGUGGGCAUGCAAUGCAUUUCGAAUGUGCUAAACAGAUGGAGCAGCAUUACCGGUAUGCAUGCCCUAUUUGCUUGAAAUCUAUGUGUGAUAUGUCAAAAGUGUGGAAGAAGCUCGAUGAAGAGGUUGCUUCCACACCAUUGCCUGAGGAGUGUCAGAGGAUGGUGCAAAUUCUUUGCAACGAUUGUGAGGCUACUUCUGAAGUCCAAUAUCAUGUACUAGCGCAUAAAUGCCUGAACUGCAGCUCCUACAAUACAAAAUUGAUACGAUGAGCUCCCGGAAUUUCAAGUUCACUGACUGUUUAACAGGCGGAAAAAGUAUUAUCAGAAUUUGAUGGAGGAAUAUGUGAUAACACUGUUGUCCUUUGAUGAAACAAUACCAGAGAAUACAUGGCUAGAUAGCACAAAUUUGCUGCUGAUCCAUAUCUCUUGUAACAAUACCAGAGAAUGGGAUCAGAAUCUCACUGCUUUAUAUUCUUUGUUUCAUUGAUCACUCACAUAUACUAGUCAUGUAAUCCUGAUUACUGACUGUGGUUGCCCACAUAGGCCUGCAGUUCAUCUAUUGAGCGAGGCAUCAUUCUUUACAGUUUA